AUGAGUAAUGAUCGCCCUGGUGGUGGUUUAUUCCCAGAAAGCUAUAACGUUGACGUUUAUGGCAAUUCUACUUCAGAAGAUAAUGAUUUAAAUACAGAUGAUGUAACAGAACAAUCACAUAAAAAGUCGAAUGAGACGGACUCAGUAGACUCAUCCAUAUUAGCCGAAAUAUUAGAGGAACAAUAUAAGGCGGACUCAGUUAGGUUUCGGGAAAGCCUAAAUUCGAAUAAGUUCUUUAUCAGUCAGCUAUAUGAUAUAAAGACUGGACGACACAGCGAUGAAGGUGAGAAGAAUGAUUUCAUGAAAUACAAUCGAAGGUUGGAGUUAGAAUAUAAACUACGAGAGAAAGCUGAAAGGCUAUUAGUGGAUUCAAGUGCAAAAAAUGAGCUAUCGAUAAUGAAUUCAAGUAUACUGAAUGCCAAUUAUAUCGGAGGUGAAGAGUUACAAGUACCUAAUACAAAAUAUCAUUUGAUAAGUGGAUUAGUCAGUAAAAUCACGAGACCUACAAAAGCUAAAGAGCUCGAGCACCAUGGUGGAAUACCUCUGCAGAUUAUAAAUACUAGUUCAGGCGAUACUCAAAUAAUUGAUACGGAAAACAAUGGUGACUGGACUAUUGAUCAUGACUAUGCACCAAAAACAAAAACUCAAAAAUUAGAAUCAUGGAUUUCAAUCUCUAGGUACUCGAACAAUGCUGCUAAGAAAACCCAUAGAGGUCCGAAACUUCUCAAAAAGGUUAAUGCACUAAAAAAUUCAAAUCAUAGCGUUCAACGAAAACUAGAAGCGAGGCAUAUUCAGAUGAUUGCUUCAGGUUCUUCCUUGGGCGUUGGUCUUUUUCUAACUUCUGGUAAAGCUUUUACGAUAGCCGGGCCAUUUGGCGCGUUAUUGGGAUAUAUACUAUGUGGGAGUAUUGUGAUGGCAACAACUAUCUCAUUCACCGAACUUUGUGCAUUGAUACCCUUAACCUCUGGAUUCUCAGGUUUAGCUUCAAGGUUCGUCGAGGAUGCAUUUGGAUUUGCUUUAGGUUGGCUUUACUGGUUCUCUUUUAUCAUAGCGUUACCCAGUCAAAUUGUAGCAAGCUCUACACUAUUACACUACUAUCAGGGUCUCAAUAUAUCAAGUGGGAAAAUGGCUGGGUUCGUAACUCUUUUUCUCUCCUUCGCGGUACUACUCAAUUUAUGUGAUGUUCGUGCUUUCGGAAAUUUUGUUUACUUUGCAACCACACUUAAAAUAUGCUUUACAAUUCUAAUGAUAUUUGUAAUGAUCGUUUUGAAUUCAGGUGGGUCUUCGUUGGGAUAUGAUAGAGUAGGUUUUCGGUUUUGGGAUUCUAGCAAAUCAGAGCCAUUUUUAAAUUACGGAUUAUUUAGACCAACAUUUGAUUUAAAGGAUGUAGGUGAAGGGUCUGUAAACGGUAUCGGAGGGGCCCGUGGUAGAUUAUUAGCGGUAUUUCUUUCGAUGCUUAUAGCUGCUUUUACUUAUAGUGGACUUGAGAUGACCUUCGUAGCAUCGUGUGAAGUUAGAAAUCCUAAAAGGACAUUACCAUCUGCCAUGAAGAGGACUAAUUAUACAAUGCUUCUGUUAUACAUUCUUGCAAUCUUCAUUAUCAGCUUGAAUGUGUACUCUGGUGAUCCUAGACUUCCCCGUUUCUAUUCCUACUCUGAUAAUAACACUCAAUAUAAUAUUAAUCAUAAUAUUGGAACCACUUGGCAGUUAAAAAAUGAAUGUGCAUCAAAUUCCAAACCCACAUCGUCAACAAUAGAUGACGGAAAUAGAAGUGCAUGGGUGAUAGCGCUAAGAAGUUUUGGGCGUUGCACUUUUGGUUCAGUCUUGAAUGGAAUCCUCAUAUUUUUUGGAACUACCAGUGGUUGCUCGUCUCUUUAUGGUGCAAGUCACACAUUAUACUCAAUGGCCAUUCAAGAAAAGGCUCCGAGUAUCUUCAAAACAUGUACCUCAUAUGGAGUACCUUGGAUAGCUGUUUUAUUUUCUGGUCUUUUUGGAGUGAUUUCAUACAUGGCAGUAGACCAAUCUUCUUUGAACAAUUUCCAAAUUUUAGCCAACAUUGCUAGUGCCACCAUUUGCAUUAUAUGGGCCGGUAUGAACGUAUCCUUUUUGAGAUUUUUUUAUGCCUUAAAAAUUCGCCCCGAUAUCAUAUCAAGAGAUGACCCCAUGUUCCCUUACAAGUCUCCAUUCCAACCAUAUUUAUCGUACUAUGGACUAUUUGGAUCCAUUGUCAUGGUCGUUUUCUCAGGAUUUACUUCCUUCUUCCACGGAUUUUGGAAUGUCAAAAUAUUCUUCUCAUGCUAUGGGGGUUUGAUAUUCUUCAUAGUUUCCUACGUCGGAUAUAAAAUCUUUGGUACCUCAAAAUUACAACGAUUAGAUCAAGUAGAUAUGGAUGUGGGUCGUAUUGAAAUGGACAGGUCCAUUUGGAAUGCUAAAACUGACUACAAGGGAAAUUGGAAGGAACGUUUUUCAAAAUUGGUCACGUGGUUUUACUAG